UUAGCUUGUGAAAGGGACUUUUAUUUUGGAACGGCGAUGUGACGUCAUAAGGCCGCUCCGGCGUCUGUUGUGAUUCAGCUGAAGAAAGCUUUACAGAGCGUCCAAACACAGAGAAACUCUGAAGAAACUCUGAAAACUGCUGAAGGGACUGAGAUCCACGGGACACUAUUAUUAUAAAGAUGGCGUUUAUUAAAGUGGAGAGUGAAGACCUGAAGAUUGAAGAAGUAUUCAGUGUCAAACAAGAAGAAACUGAGGAUCAAACAGGUCUGAUGACACUGAAAGAGGAGAUUGGAGUUCUGAAUGAAACGGAAGAUAAAUAUAAGCUUGAAAAACACCAUGAGUUCAUAACUGAAGAAAAAACGUUUACUUGCCCACCGGCUGAAGAGAUAAGAAGCUGUGAAAAGAAGAAUUUUACCUGUCAACAGUGCGAGAAAAGUUUUAACCUAAAAGGAGGCCUUACCAGGCACAUGAGAACUCACACUGGAGAGAAACCUUACACCUGCAAACAGUGUGGAAGCAGUUUCAGUCUAUGUGGAAACCUUAAAAUCCACAUGAGAGUUCACACUGGAGAAAACCCUUUCACCUGCCAACAGUGUGGAAAGAGUUUCACACAAAAAGUAAACCUUACCAGGCACAUGAGAACUCACACUGGAGAGAAACCUUACACCUGCAAACAGUGUGGAAGCAGUUUUAGUCUAUAUGAAAACCUUAAAAUCCACAUGAGAACUCACACUGGAGAAAACCCUUUUACCUGCCAACAGUGUGGAAAGCGUUUCACUCAAAAAGUAAACCUUAACAGGCACAUGAGAACUCACACGGGAGAGAAGCCGUUCACAUGCCAACAGUGUGGAAACAGUUUCAGUCUAUAUGAAAACCUUAAAGUCCACAUGAGAGUUCACACUGGAGAAAACCCUUUCCCCUGUGAACAGUGUGGAAAAAGGUUCAACCGAAAAGUAAACCUUAAAUACCACAUGAGACUUCACACUGGAGAAAACCCUUUCACCUGCCAACAGUGUGGAAAAAGUUUCACUCAAAAAGUAAGCCUUAACAGGCACAUGAGAACUCACAUUGGAGAGAAGCCUUAAACAUGCCAACAGUGUGGAAACCAUUUCAAUCUAUUGUGGAAACCUUAAAAUCCUCAGAAUGUCAAGACUGACCAAUCACAAUCAAGUAUUCCACAGAGAAAAGGGAAAAUAAAAAAAGGGAAAAUAAGAGCAUAGCAAAAGUGGCAAAUAUUAAACCGUGGAUUCACUUAAAUGUGAAUUAAUGUGAUUGACAUUAGCCUGUAUUGUCUCUUACUGUACCUUUUGUUAAUAAUUUUUUUUAUAGAUUGUACUCUAAUAAACAAGAGUAAUCAACAUCUAAAUGAAUACCAUCAAUGACAAAGUAAUAAAGUGCAUAAGAUGCAAGUAAGUUGGGGGUUGCAA